UGAAAACGUCAUCGUUUGCGUGCGAUUUUUAAUACAUAUUACUUUAAGAUCAACAAUGAAAUGCGAGAUCAACGUUUUGCUACAUCUGAAGAAGUGGUUGAUGCGUUCAAAUCACUUGUUUUGAAAGUACCUUAAUUUGAAUGGAAAAAAUGCUUCUAUAGUUGUUUCAAAUACAUGCAAAAGUGUAUUGACCUCAAUGGAGAAUAUUUUGGAAAACAAUUAAGUCAUAUCCAACAUUUAAAAUCUGUUCUGAAUAAGUAAGAAAAAUUUUGAAUUAAUCCAACGUUCGGUUAGAUACAUAUACAUAUGAGUGAAUCUAAUAAAAGCGUGUUUAGUAUUUAUUACCUACGUCCAGUACCAUUUGUGUGAAGUGCAGACGAAAAUAUAUGGUUGUUUCAGUUUGAACGAUUAUGAUUAGACAUUCUCGUUGCUUUCUCUACAUUUACCUUUUGGUACUAAAACAAUGAAUUCAACUUGUUGGCGAAUUUGAUCUCACAUCAUGAAAUUUCUCGCAAAUAUCGUAAUGGCUACCGAUGCAGGUGUUUCAAAUAUAUUCAACAAUUUCCUUUCACCUUACAUACAGUUAUCUUUAACUACAAACGUGGAAAACGUGUAAUAAACUGAAGUUAUAUUCUUAAUACUCUAUGAAUGUUGCAACUUUACGUGAAAAUACAUUUUUACAACAGAGACGUUAUAGUUAAACAAAAAUGAAGAUCUGACAUAAGUCAAAAUAUCGUAUUUUACUAAAUACUCCAGUUACUAUUCAAAAAUUUCUGACAUUUCUGUGAAUUCGAGUGAUUUUAACAAUUUACAAGUACCUAAGAAACUUUUAGUAAUGACUAUUGACAAUUCAACAAAUAAAUAAAAAAAAUAUCAAAAGCUUUUUAUCGUAAGUAGGUGUGAAAUGAAGUGAUUAUCGUUGAGUAGGUGCAAACACGAAUCCAUAAAACAAAAGAAUAUUGCAAGUUUGUGUUUGAGCGCAAGAACCGAAAGCGUCGUGAGGACUAUAUAACGACAUCCAAGCGGCGAAGGAUUCCACUUUAACGCGUCGCGGUAGUCCUUAAAAUAGUCCUGCCACCUGUUAGAAUGAGUUACCUAACUAGCGUGCCCGUUGUCAUUAUUUUGGUGGUAUUGGGCCUAUCAGAGGUGCGAGUGGUACUUGGAUUUCCUGGUGGUUCCGAGACACAGUUAACAAAGGACGACAAGCUCGGUCCUCUACACUCCACUCUUGGCCUUCUGAGUUUGCGAAGCUCACUUGCCUCCGUCAAGGACGUUUCAAAACCACUUAGAUCAAAGAGAACGGCGAAAGAACAUCAUAUUACUGACUGUAUACAUAUGACAUCGGAAGAGGGUGAAUUUUAUCACAAAGCAUUAUCUGUUGAUGGUCAAGCGUGUGGUAUUUAUAUUUUCAGUGAACCAGAUCAAAAUAUAGAACUUCGUUUCAACUACUUGGAUGUUCCUUGUGAGAAUGGAGGGCUUGUUUCGGUAGUUGAUGGUUGGGAACUGAGAGGAGAAUUUUUUCCGAGCACUCGAGACCAUCAAAAACCUCUAAGGGCAAGAUUCAAUGAAUUUUGUGGUGAAAGAAAAAUUAAGAAAGUAUUCACGAGCUCUCAAAAUGUUGCGCUUAUACAGUACAGGAUGCCUACCCGGGGGACCAGUUUUAGCUUCACAGUUAGAUUCGUGAAAAAUCCCACUCCAUGCAACGUGUUUUUCCAAUCGGAUGAACUUGAACCCAUCUACACCCUUAGAAAUUACGGCAAGAGAGUGAAUUGUAGUCUAAGUACACUAUUUCCAGCUGCAGUCAAUACAGUGGCUCUCGACGUUGGUGUAACUCCAAGCAUACAAAGAGGAAUUCAACUAGAAACGGGCACAAUUCAUAAGUGCCAAAAACGAGGACUUGAUGAUUACGUCGAAGUAGGUGGAUCCUUCGGUCUGGACAACAGAUAUAUGCAAGUAGCAGAUUCAUUUUGUGGACUAAACUCAAAACCAGGAAAAUAUCCAGAAACAGUCCUCUGCGAAACCACCACAGUUCGUAUGGUAUCAUCCGGAUCGUUUGAUAAUUCUGUAACUGUUCACUUGAGGCAGAUGGGAGAGAAUGAUAUUGACAGACAUUUGAGUGUAGUCUGUCUUCCAGAGGAUAUCACAGAGGAAUGACUGUAUUCAUCUUAACCAGUUCUUCCAGAAUUUCUUCUUUGGUCUGGCAAAAAACAUCGACAAAGAUUUGUGUUGAAAAUACCAUUUAUGAAUUAUAAAUAAAAGUAGACAUCUUGUAUGUGUAUAAAGAAUCAAAUAAAAACUAUUAAAAACA